AUGGAUCCCAACAGCAAUUGCACAUUGUUUAUUGCUGAAGGUAAAGGGGGUCUCCCCAGCGCUGCAGCAAUUCAGAAGAAGCUAGAAAACCCUCAAGAUGAUAUUAAAGCAGAAGGCAUGCAAGAGCUUAUCACAGGCCUUGUACAAGGAGAGCCUUUUGACUAUCUUUUAGUUACUGUUAUCCGCUUCUGCAUUUCUAGCAGCAGCAAAAGAGUUAAAAAACUUUUUUUACUUUGUUUAGAAGUCAUUCAGAAGACAGACGCUAAAGGCAAACUCAAAGAAGAACUUAUACUCGUCUGCAACGGCUUGCGCGGUGAUUUAUUGUCUCCAAAUGAAUAUCUCCGCGGCGCUGCUUUGAAGUUGGUUGCGAAGAUUCGGGAACAGAAGGUCGUAGAGCCCCUCCUCGAGGCUGUUGUUAAAAAUCUCGGUUUGAUUGUUAAAGACUCACCGGCACAGUUACGUGCGUCGCUGUGCGGUGUUUUGUGUUUUUUGUUUACUUCGAUAUUUUGGCUUUGA